UUAGCUCCAAAAUCAAUUUCAAAACCUUGUCUUAGUACCAAAAACUCAAUCUUUUUUCCCUGAUUCUGAAGUUAAAAGUGACUGUUUUUCAACAUCGUUUGUUUUGGGUUUUUAGUUUCUUAAAAAUUUAACCUUGUUUUUAGUUGGUUGAGCUUAAAAUCCUAAUGCGUUUCUGAUAAAAUCUCAGCAAAUUUGAGCUUUAACCAUGGAGUCAAGAGAAGCUGCAUCUAAUACCACAGCUACAGAUACUACUACUGGGUCGACGGUGGUAGGGUCCGACGCUCCAUCAGACUACCACAUAGCUCCAAACUCGACCCAAAAUCCUGGAUCAGCUCCGCCUCAGAUUCCUCCACAACCGGCGUCGCAACCAGUCCCCCAGCAGGUUGCUGUGGCGGGGAUGCAGCUGAAGAAGAAGAGGGGAAGACCUAGGAAAUAUGGACCGGAUGGUUCAAUCACUAUGGCGCUCUCCCCAAAGCCUAUAUCUUCAGCUGCGCCAACUCCGGUGAUCGAUUUUUCAGCCGAGAAGAGAGGGAAAGCGAAUUUUCCGACGUCGUUUUCGAAGCCCAAGUACGAGGUGGAGAAUUUGGGUAAGAAACAAUUAACCAUUCGGCGGAUACCCUUUUUGAGUUGCAGUGUUGGGGCUUAUUUUACACCACAUGUCAUCACUGUUAACGCUGGUGAGGAUGUGACGAUGAAGAUUAUAUCAUUUUCUCAACAAGGAUCUCGAGCUAUAUGCAUUCUGUCUGCAAAUGGGGUGAUCUCAAGUGUUACUCUUCGUCAACCUGAUUCCUCCGGGGGUACACUGACAUAUGAGGGUCGAUUUGAGAUACUGUCCUUGUCUGGUUCAUUCAUGCCCAAUGACACUGGUGGGACAAAAAGCAGAUCUGGUGGGAUGAGUGUUUCAUUUUUAAGUCCGGAUGACCGUGUCGUAGGUGGUGGAGUUGCUGGUCUCCUAGUAGCUACCAGCCCUGUGCAGGUUGUAGUGGGCAGUUUUCUAGCAGGGAACCAGCAUGAGCAGAAGCCUAAGAAACAGAAGCACAAGUCAUUUUCGGUUGUCACACCUGUGGCUGCUAUUCCCGUUUCUAGUGCUGAUCCGAAAUCAAACAUCACUACAUCCUUCUGCAGUGAUAGUUGGUCCCCGUUGCCUUCAGAUACAAGGAAUAAACCUACUGACACUAAUGUAUCUUUGCCUGGAAGUUAAUCUAAACAUGCCGAUAGUUCCUAAUACUGACCUCUGGCAAUCAAAGCACAAUUGAUGACUAUCAAUUCUCACUCGUUGUUUCCCAUGUAAGCUUAUCGACUUCUCACAAGUACCAUCAUGCUCAUUUUCACCUAGUUUAUUUACCCAUCCAUUAUUUUUCACCACUAGUUUAGUUUGGUCAGCUGAUUAGAUAGCCUGCAGCUGUUAUGUCAUGUAGAAUAUUUCGAAUGUAACAUUUGCUGAGAGUUGGCUUUUAUUCAGAAC